GUCGCCACCAUUAUCCUCGUCAACCGAUCCAAUUUCCAUCCCCGUCCCAGCUCUCCACGACGGCCGACGACAAAUAUGGAUGUCGCCGUCGCCGCCGCCCUGGUUCCCACCCGGACCCCAACCCUCCGUCUCCCCGCCUCCCGCCCCUCCUCCGUGAGGCCCCUCACCCCGACCGCCGGCCGUCCAGCUCGGCUCCUCUCGCUCGCCCGCCGCGCGCCUGUCGCCGCCGCCGCCCUCGGGGUAUCGCAAGAUACAGGGGUCACAAUGCCCGGUGCCGACAUUGUUACCCAGAACGAUCUACUCAUCGUCGGCCCAGGUGUGCUUGGGCGACUGGUAGCCGAGAAGUGGCUAAAGGAACACCCAGGCUGCAAAGUUUUUGGCCAGACCGCAAGCACAGACCAUCACAGCGAGCUAACCGAUAUUGGCAUCAUUCCCUCCUUGAAGGGAUCCACUAUCUCUCAAAAGGCUCCAUAUGUUAUUUUCUGCGCUCCUCCAUCUCGUUCUGAUGAUUACCCUGGCGAUUUGAGAGUGGCCGCCUCAAAUUGGAACGGAGAAGGUUCUUUCCUGUUUACGUCGAGUACUGCUCUUUAUGACUGUAGCGACAACAGAUUGUGCAAUGAGGAUUGUCCAUCUAUUCCCGUGGGCAGGGGUCCUCGUACUGAUGUUCUUCUUAGAGCAGAAAAUGUUGUUCUGGAGGCAGGAGGCUGUGUUCUCAGGCUAGCAGGACUUUAUAAAAUAGAUAGAGGUGCUCAUUAUUUCUGGUUGAGGAAGGGAACACUGGACUCGCGGCCAGACCAUAUUAUCAAUCAGAUACAUUAUGAGGAUGCAGCGUCUCUUGCAAUUGCCAUAAUGAAAAAGAGACCUCGGGGUCGUAUAUUUUUGGGCUGUGACAAUAAGCCUCUUUCCAGGUUAGUGCUAAGCUGCUUCUUUACAUCAACUGGUAUUCAUCUAGCUCGCUUCUGUCGGUGUGUCAUGGCUCUACUGAUAGCUGAACGGGUUUCAAUUAAAAUGCAUGAAUUUGAACUUUGCAGGAAGGAAAUAAUGGACGCUGUUAACAAAAGUGGGAAGUUCGACACGAAAUUCCAAGGUUUCACUGGUACCGAUGGUCCGUUGGGGAAAAGGAUGGAGAAUUCCAAAACCCGUGCCGAUAUCGGGUGGGAGCCCCAAUACCCAAGCUUCACAGAGUUCCUCGGCGUCGACAGUUAGUGCCCGGUCGCAUAUGUUGAGCAAAUUUCCUUUGUUACCCUGAGUGAAUAGGCCAAUGGGAUCUGUUGUCGUACUCGUACCACUGGUUUUGUAGCUCCAGCACAGCAGUUUUAGAAACCUUGCAAACACUGCACAAUAGUGUUAUAGCGGUGUAUAUUUGUUCUGCUAGGUGGUCAUCCUCUGUUCGAUUUUCUGAUAUACUUUGUCGCA